UGUUUUGAUUGUCUCGCUUGCAUCGCUUUUCGUUUCGCUAUCCGUUUUGAGUUCCAAUUCAGUCGUCGUCGCUUUCAAACGUGUAACGCGCGUGGUUCGCGCUUUGUUCGUUUUACAAAAUUCGUUGAAUUUCCAAGAAAAUAAAUUGCAACAUCAACAACGCAACAAGUGUAAAAGUGUUGUGCAUAUAUUUCAAAUAUAUUAUAGUGCAAAACAAGUGCUCAAUCAAUUUGUUGCUCGCCAUAAAGUUUUUUUCUGUUUGGAUUUGCAUUCUUUUUUGAUCUGCGCGAUCUGUGCGUCAAAAUGUGCAGCUAUAACAACAACAACGAAGUUAACAAAUGUUUAAUUGCUGCGUUAAUUUAAUUAAGCGUGGCAGCGAAUUUGUUUUUCAAUUGUGCUACUAGUGAAAAUUGUUAGUGUUUCUUUAUGCUGGGAUUAUAAACGUGUUUAUUUUGGAUUUAAAUUAGGCGGCGAAACGUGCCAAAAGUUAGCCGGAGCUACCAUCAGAAAACCGAACAACACACACAAAAGAUAAACGACGUCACACUGGAGUCACAAAUACGAUAAACAUUCCAAAAAUUCCAAUACCUCUUCCCCAGUUGUACAGUAUGUCACAUGAUAAGAAAAUGUUGGACCGCGAGGCAGUACGUUCAGUGAUUCAGCAAUGGAAUGCCAACAGAUUGGAUCUCUUUGCUCUUUCCGAGCCAGACGAAAAUCUACUCUUCCACGGGGUAAUGCGAUUUUAUUUUCAAGACGCCGGCCAGAAAGUGGCCACUAAAUGCAUUCGGGUUGCCAGCGAUGCCACAGUCACAGAUGUCAUAGAUACACUCAUUGAGAAAUUCCGUCCUGAUAUGCGGAUGUUGUCGGUGCCCAACUAUGCGCUUUAUGAGGUCCAUGCAAAUGGUGAGGAACGUCGUUUAAAUGCAGAUGAGAAGCCGCUGCUGGUGCAGCUGAAUUGGCAUAUCGAUGAUCGCGAGGGUCGCUUCCUGCUUAAGAAUAUCGAUCAGAAAACGACGCCCAUUGAGCAAUCAGAUUUAAACUUUAAACGCAAACUGUCGAAGCGCGAGAAGAAGGAGCUAAAAAAGAAGGAUAAAAUGGCAAAACUCAGCUCCGAUCUGCCACUCUCCAACGGCAGUCAACUGGGCCUUGGCAAUGGCAUUGGCAACGCCGCCUCGUCUGCACAUAUGAACGGCAAUGCGGGGGGUGGCGGUGGCAACGGGGAUGGAGGAGAUGCUGUUGCCGGGAAGUUAUACACAGAGCUGCCUGAAACGUCAUUCACACGCUCGAUCUCAAAUCCGGAGGCCGUGAUGCGUCGACGGCGACAGCAAAAGUUGGAAAAGAAAUUACAACAGUUUCGAUCCCGAGACGGCGGCCCCGAUACGGGCGGAACAUUGAAAAUUUACGGCGAGAGUCUGUGCCAGGAUGUGCCUUACAAGACGCUAUUGUUGUCCAUACGGGAUUGCGCCCAGGCGGUCGUUAGAGAAAUGCUUACCAAGUACGGAUUAGAGAAGGCGGAUCCUCUGCACUAUUGUCUCGUCCAGGUGAACAGCGAUGCCACCGAGUACAUACUUGACGACGAUGAGUGCCCCCUUUCGAUACUCAUGAAUCACCCAACGUCACGUGGUUCCAUCAUGUUUCAUGUGCGACGCCGUCCGGCGGAUUCGCAGCCGCGUCGACGCAAGAAAAAACCCCUGGGAGCUGCGAACGGAGCGAAUCAUAUGUCCGGCGAUCGGGAGGGUCCCGUUCUGGUCGAGGUGACGCACAGUGGCGAUGGCGGACGCCGCAUUAAACUGGGCAGCGAUCCGGUUGAAGUUGGUUCGGCCAAUACGAAUUGCCUGCAAUUGUUUGGACCCUCCAUACAACCAAGACACUGUCUCAUCUCGUUGUUGGAAGGUGUUUGCACCGUGACACCGUUGCACACGGAUGCGCUGACCUUCGUGAACGGCCAUCACAUUAGCCAGCCGACAAUUUUGCAUAACGGCUCUGUUGUCAUGUUCGGUCGCGUGGCAUCGUAUCGCUUCCUGGACUCACCCACAGAUGGGCGCUACAAUUUGGCCUUGUCACAAUCCCAACUGGACUCGGCAUGUCUCUACGAAAGUCGAUCACCAACAUCGCCAGGAUCAUGGAACGAUGAAGAUGGAGCGCUCAGUUCGGUGAGUAAUUUAACCAAACAUAUUCAUCCAUCUGGAAAGAAAGAGAGAGAGAAUAUUGGAGUGGAUGCCUUCAUGGUAGUAUCUUCCAACCUGCAGACGCACAAGAGCGAAUACGAGCAACAUCAGCAGCUAAAUCAAUCCUCGACGGGUUUUCAUAACAACAACAAUAACAAUAACUCGUCAGAGACACAGACGUUGCACUCGCUGCGGGAUGUGGUGGACAGUAAACAUGGCAGUCAGGAGCAGCAGCAGCAGGUGGCAUCCUCGGUGGGCAACUAUGAUGGUCAGAGUCUUGAAGGUAAUCUGGAGAAUGAAAUUAAAUCCAUAUCAAGCAUGAAAUCCGGCGGUUCCAACAGUCAGGAAAGAUCCCCGAAAUUGCCAGGUGCUGGAGGUCUUUUGGCUGGCGGCAGCGGCUCUGGCGAUAACCAAGGACAGGAGCCAAUUUUGCCAGCCGUUCUUGAAUUUCCCGAGACGCAUCAGGAGCUCUUUUUGCGUCACAUCAUCAGCGAACUGGAUGUAAAUGUGCCGCACUUUAAGCUGGCGCCAGUUUAUUCGCUUUACCUGUGUGCCAGAUACCGCGCUUCAACCCAUUACCGUCCAGAGCUUCAACCCACAGAGCGAGCCCACAAAUUGACCAUAUUUCUUCAUCAUGUGGCGAAUCUGGUCUAUGGCGUUGUCCAGGAACAGUACACGGAUCCUCGAAUUUUGGCCUUUUGGAUGGCGAACAGUUCGGAGUUUUUGCAUUUUCUCAAAUCGGAUCGUCACAUCAGCGCGUUCAGUGUUCAGGCUCAGGAGGUGCUCGCGGAGGCGGUACAAACGGCAUUUCGUAAUCUUGUCAAUUGCUUUCGAUUGGAAUUAUCGCAGACCUUGAAUCAAUUCCUUUCGGAGACAAUUGAUCAUGAUUCGGCGGCGGGACUUGUGCUCACAGUGCUUGGCUCGGCAAUGGCGUUGUUGCGACGUUGUCGUGUGAACGCCGCAUUGACCAUUCAACUGUUCUCGCAACUUUUCCAUUACAUCAAUGUCAUUUGUUUCAAUACGAUUGUGGCCAAUUCGCACAUGUGCACCGCCGAGUGGGGCAAAGUGAUGACGGAGCGUCUGCAGCUGUUGGAACUGUGGGCAGAACGACAGGGUCUGGAGCUGGCCGCCGAUUGCCAUUUGGCCAAAAUCAAUCAAUGUGCACAGUUUUUACAGGCACCGAAAUCUUCGGUCGAAGAGAUUCAGCAAUUGGCCUGUUCCUGUUUCCGUCUAAACUCACUACAAAUGAGCGCACUCCUUCAGCUGGAAAAGAUUCCACGCAAUCUUGUGGAUACAGCCAUUCGCAUGGCCGAAUCUGUGGCGGAUGAGUUAACACGUGCCGAUGGUCGUGAGGUGCGUCUGGAGGAAUCACCUGAACUCCACCUGGCUCUACUUUUGCCCGAUGAUGGCUUCAGCUGUGAUGUGGUGCGAGGCAUACCCACUGGUCUGGUCGACUUUUUAAAUCCCUUACAGCAACAGGGCAUGUGCCGCUUGGCGGCUCAGCCCACAUCGAUUGGCCUUUGGACUGUUUAUAUGCAUCAAUUUAAUCAGGCACGCAGCUCCAGCGCCAUGUCGAACAAGUUGCCCCAACCGGAGAUGCAGUUGAUAAAGCUGCACAAGAACAGCAACGGCAUGGGAUUGUCUAUUGUCGCCGCCAAAGGCGCUGGUCAGGAACGUUUAGGUAUCUACAUAAAGAGCGUUGUACCGGGCGGUGCCGCCGAUGCGGAUGGACGUCUACAAGCUGGGGAUCAAUUACUGCGCGUCGACGGACAGAGCCUGAUUGGGAUUACACAAGAACGUGCUGCGGAUUAUUUGGUGCGAACGGGUCCUGUUGUCAGUUUGGAGGUGGCCAAGCAGGGCGCCAUUUAUCAUGGACUUGCAACGCUGUUGCAGCAACCGAGUCCCGUUAUACAGCGUGGUAAUCGCCGCAUGUCCGAGCGAGAUUUGAGUCGCAUGGGGGCCGCCGAAUCGUCGAAAUCAUUGGGCGUCAUCGGUGGGCCUCUCAUUGCCAAUAGUCAUACGAGUCACAGUCUCAACCAGCACCUGAAUCUGAGCAAUAGUAAUAUCAACAAUAGCCACAAUCACAAUAACAGCAUCAAUAACAACAACAGUAGUAGCAUCAUGAAUCCCUUAGCUGCACACCUGCCCAAUAGCAAAUCGGUGCCGGCUCUGCAUCAUCACACGGGAUCUGGCAACAUAUCGCUGGCCAAUUCCAAAUCCCGCAGCACGCACAGUUUGCAUAACAAUGCAGGUGGAGGAGGCAUCGGUAUCGGUAUGGGUAUCGGAAUUGGAGGUCAACCAAAUGGCACUCACAACAAUCCAAAUGCGAAUGGGAAUCUAAAUGGCAACGAGCAGGGCUUCUAUCAGAAUUUAAGCGUGUAUCGUGCACAAAAUCAAAGUCAACCGAUUUUAAAUGAGAGAACGAACAUGUCCGCACAUGCCGCCAUGAGCGCGUACAAUGGCAAUUCCCCGCAUGCCGUCACUCUGCAACAACAACAACAGCUGCAGCAGCAACAACAACAACAGCAACCGGCAUCCCCCUACCAACAACAUUUACAACAAGCCAACUCUAAUCUGCCCGCUCGUCCCGUUUCCGCCUAUUAUCACAGCCAGCAGAGUGCACAGCUGCAACAACAACAACAGCAGCAGCAACAACAGCAGCAGCAACAGCAGCAACAUGCGCUGCAACAUCAGCAAUUUGCGCACAGCAGCAGCAAUCUAAAUGGACAACAGCAACAACAGUUGACGCUCAACAAUCGCGCCAAGAGUCAACAGAAUUUUCAGCACACGCUACGCAUGCAACAAAUGCUGGCGCCAUCCAUGCCCAACAUCAGCAACAUGUACCAGCAACAGCACCCACAUCAACAGCAGCAGCAACAGACACCGCAACAACAGCCGCCGAUGAGCGCCAGUCAAAGCAUGCAAAAUGUGAAUGAAUUUGUGCCGGGCUAUCAAAAUGGUGGACUCGAUUAUCAGCAACAUGCGCGUCGCAGUCAGCUGCAUGAGGCAGCAACGCUCUACGAGCUGCAACAGCAGCAACAACAGGCGUCGCCCAAUUUUAUAGCAUUGCCACCGAAGCCAAUUGGCAGCCUGCAAUCGCCCAGCAAGUCAGCAGCACCGCCCAGCACCGCACCCAAACCACAGCAACAACAACAGCAGCGACUGCAACAGCAGCAGCAACAACAACAACAACAGCAACAGCAGCACCUGCAACAACAACAACAACAGGUAGGCUAUAUGCCCAGUCAUGUGCUGGGCGAGGAUAAACCACCUUUGCCACCAACUACCACACAUCCGUUGUUCAAGGCAACACAGCAGCUGGCACCGGGCAUGAAUUAUGUGGCAAGUACGUUGGAUCCACCCAAAGGCAGUUAUUUGCCUGCCAAUCAGGCCAAUCAAUCGGCACGUCCGUUGCACAGCAGUGGCAGCAAUCCCUGGGAGCGUGAGGAGCGUGAAAAGGAUUUGGAAAUGAGACGUGAGCAUCUGCGUCAAUGGCGGGAGCAGCAAAUUGGGGAGCUGUCGAGCACGAUGACGCGAACGCCGCAGCAGGAGGAGCAGCUAAAGACGCUCAUAUUGGAGCGUGACUUUGAGCGACGUGCACAGGAGUUGCAGGAGCAGGAGGAUCAGGAGCAGGAGCAGCCCUACGACAAGGAUAAUGUGCAGGAGCUGAUUAGAUUAUCAGCAAGCGGUGCCAUACAAACGCCCAUCACCAGCUACCGUCAGACGGACAUCAAGUUGGCCGAGAUCAGUGAGAGCAGUCCUUCCGUUGAGUCGUUGCUGCAACAACAACAACAACAGCAACAACAACAACAGCCACAAGCACCACCUCCACCACAACCACCGUCGUCCACAACCACAAACACCCAACAGCCGAAGAGCAUAUUGAAGCACAAUCGAUAUACGGAGAGUGGAGCUGGGGGCAGUGGCAAUACAGCUGGUGGUGCUCCAUCAUCUCCAUCCAAGUCACAGAAAUCGGCGAGUUUUGCAGACGAACGUCAUCUGCAGACGGAGCAUCCCAUAUCGAGUCUAGCCAAGGAUUUGACCCAACUCUCGAUGCUCGACGAGGACAACAACAAUGAGGCGGAUGGACGAUUGGAUGGUGCUGUGCCACCACCGCCACCACCAGAGCGCAACAGCUCCUAUCUGAUAAUGUCACAACAGAAGCUACGCACUAGUGUCGGUGCAGGAGGAGCAGGAGGCAUUUCCUCAAUGGGUCUGCUCAAGACGGCGACCAGCAAUCAGGCAGCUGCUGCUGCUGCUGUCGAGAUCAAGAAGGCAUCCCUACACAGUUCCACCACCAACAACAACAACAACAAUUUGAGUGGCAGCCUCAAUAACAAUACAAUGCAGGCAUCGCCUCUAAGCGCCAUGGAACUGAAUGCUGCCUAUGUAUCGGCCACGGGCACGGGAAUGAGUCUGAUGGGCGGAUUGGGCACACCACCGCCACUUUUGCAGCGGGACAACAAGCGUGUGAGCUUCCACGAUGAGGAGAAUAAUCUGCUUCAACAACAACAACAACAACUGCAGCAACAGCAAUAUUUGCUGGACAACUACACGCUGGAGCAUCAGGAUUUGGAUACCAUACGCGAGGAUGCAAGUUAUCUGCAACACAAUCUGGAUGCCUCCAUGUUGCCCUCGAUGCCCUCCACACCGGAUGCGGCACUCUGGAACACCACCGUGCAAUCAACGCCCGGCGUCAUUGGCGCCCAAGAGGUUUACAGGGAUCCCAGACAACGUCGUUUGGCGGAGAAGCAGCAACAGCAGCAGCAACAACGAGCUGGAGAUGCGGUGCCAGAGAAGCUGUCGUUCAAGGAGAAGAUGAAAAUGUUUGCGCUGGAAUCUGGCGAGGAUAAUACGCCCAAGGAUAAGCUGAAAAUAUCGCGGGCGCAACGGGACAUUGAUGCAGUGCACUGAAAGCGGCAAAAUCAAUAGCCGAUGAUCAUUGCGAUGUACAUACAUACUUACAUAAACUAACAGAUAUAUACAUACAUACAGUACUCAGUUGAAUUGGGGGCCAAGUUGUUACGAUAAAAUAGCACAUAAUACAUAUAUUUACCAUGAUUACAUAGCACAUAUGACAAAACAAACCUAACGAAUUUGCUAAGCAAGGCAAUAACAAUCCAUAGUUAUCGCGUUUCAAUUAAUAGAUCGCAUAGUUACGUAGUACGAAUAGUUGAAGAGAAUUGAUAACAAACAAAAUGUUAACUGAAAUCAAUUACUGAAAAGCAAAAUUAGAAUAUACUAUCAUAUAUGGUAUAUAAAUAUAUAUAUAUAUAUACACACAUACAUACUUAGUACUCUAUAUAAAAUACAAAAAUAAGAAGCCUAGAAGACAGGGCAACGAAAGUUGGGCGAGCCACAAUUUGUAAAGCGGUUUUAAACAUAAUUCUUUACCUACUGCAAGUAAAUAUAUGUUUAUGUAUUAUAUAUCAAUAUAUAAAUAUAUGAAAACUGUUUCAGAUAAUUUGAAAUAUUUAGUAUUUACCUUAUCAAUAACAAUGUAAAUGAUGAGCGUUAGCUUAGAGAUAUUUACCUGGGAAUUGUGCGGAACAAAACACGAAAUGUUUACUAUUAUAGAAAAUUAUAAGCCACGACGUCAUAAAACAAA